AUGGGGGUUUCUCCACAAACUCAGAACCAUGGCCAAGACCGCCGCGAGGACCGAGAAAAUGUUCAUCUUCCCUCCCAAGGCGAUUCUGACUUGAUCGGUCAUCAUGCGGACUUGUCAAGUACAGAAAGCGACAGCGAUCCCGAAAGCGACGACACCGCAAUUUUCCAAGGCAACUCCCAGCCGAGGAGAUUGGACUCCGCGCCGCUGAUAACCAGUCACCGACGAUUUCCCUCGAUCGACGAUGAUCGCGAUCAUGAUCAUGACGGUGUGCUGGGGCCGGCCGAGAAUGGCGAGGAGAAACCAGUGACUUGGAGCUCGCUACCGAAGAAGGGCCAGUUGGCAAUCUUGACAUUAGCGCGGCUGUCAGAGCCGUUGACGCAGACCUCUCUGCAGGCGUACAUGUUCUAUCAGCUCAAAUCGUUUGAUCCAUCUUUGCCAGAUUCGAAGAUCUCCGCGCAGGCGGGUAUCCUCCAGGGUAGCUUUACAGCGGCGCAAUUUAUCACCGCUGUCUGGUGGGGCCGUCUUGCUGAUGCUGAAUGGAUGGGACGCAAGAGAGUGCUGUUGAUCGGAUUGAUGGGCACUUGUCUGUCUUGUGUAGGAUUUGGCUUCUCUCGAUCUUUUGCGACGGCCAUGGUCUUUCGGACACUGGGCGGGAUAUUGAACAGCAAUGUCGGAGUGAUGCGAACGCUGAUUGCAGAGAUCAUCGCUGAGAAGAAAUAUCAAUCCCGCGCCUUUUUGCUCCUACCCAUGUGCUUCAAUAUCGGUGUAAUCAUAGGUCCAAUUUUGGGAGGCUCUUUGGCCGAUCCUAUCAACAGCUUUCCGCAAUUUUUCGGCCCAGGAUCUACCCUUGGAGGUAAAGAAGGUGUCUGGUGGAUGCAGCGUUGGCCCUAUGCAUUACCGAAUCUUUUGAGCGCAAUCUUCAUAUUUGCAUCGUUUCUCGCAGUAUUUCUUGGGCUCGAUGAGACCCAUGAAAUUGCGCGUUAUAGGAGGGACUGGGGUCGUAAACUGGGCAAGCGGAUCACAAGAGCUUGGACCCGACGACCUCGGUACUAUCGUCCAUUGACACGGUCCAGAGACGAUGACUCCAUUUACACGGACGGCAGCGUCGGUACCUGGUCUACGCCAUCAAGUCCAGCCCGUUCUCGCGUGCAUCCACGGCCACAUAAGAAAAUAGGGUUCCGUCAAAUCUGGACACGCAACAUUAUCUUGACUUUGGUGGCCCACUUCCUGCUCGCCUUCCACACAAGCGCCUUCAAUUCUAUGACAUUUGUAUUUUUGCCCGCACCCCGUGCCCCAGAGAACUCCCGGCAAGGUCUUUUCCAUUUCGGCGGUGGACUAGGUCUUCCAUCAUCCAGAGUUGGGCUUGCUACUGCUAUUAUUGGUUUCAUCGGCCUGCCACUCCAGAUCUUCCUCUAUCCGCGGAUACAGACAAAGCUUGGCACCCUCACGUCAUUCCGAACGUUCCUGCCCUUUUCGCCCAUCGCAUACAUGCUGAUGCCCUUCCUUGUGAUUCUUCCACGCAUACCAUGGAUUGUUUGGCCUUCUUUCACGUUUGUCGUUAGCUUACAGGUCAUAUCGCGGACAUUUAUCCUGCCCGCUGCUAUCAUCCUGGUGAACAACUGUGUCACGGAUCCAUCUGUCCUAGGCACAGUCCAUGGAGUGGCACAGAGUAUCUCUAGCGCAGCUCGGACACUUGGUCCAUUCCUAGGUGGCUGGGGGCUGGGCCUGGGCCUCGAGAAUAACAUGAUUGGGGCAGUAUGGUGGGCACUGGCUGUUGAGUCUUUGCUUGGUUGGGCUAUGCUAUGGAGCAUUUAUGAGGGCAAGGGAAUCGAACGCAAGAACGAUGAGGUAGAGGAGGAUGAGGAGUAA